GAGGACUUUAGACGAUAACGAGAUAGACAGGGAUUAUGUCAGGCAUUCUCGGAUCACGUCCAGAUCAACAAACACACGGCUAAGAAGUAAGAGAAGAAAACAGUAAGCAGGGAAAGAAACCACAAUGGCCAAGUUUCUUACCCAAAAUCAAAUCCAGGAAUUCAGAGAAUGCUUCUCCCUGUACGACAAAAAGCGGAAAGGCAAGAUCUCUUCCGGGGACCUGAUCACGGUGUUGCGAUGCCUGGGGACCAGCCCCACUCCCGGCGAGGUGGAGAGACAUUUGCUGCACCAUAACAUAGAACGCGGUGGUGAGCUGGAUUUCUCAACCUUUCUCACCAUCAUCCACCAACAACAGCAGCAAGAGGACCCAGGGAGAGAGAUCCUGGAAGCCAUGUUAAUGGCAGACAAGGAGAAAGCAGGUUUCAUCACCGCCACCGAGCUGAGGACCAAGCUGACGCAGAUGGGAGAGAAACUGACCAACAGGGAAGUUGAUGAGCUGCUGCAGGAAGCCAACGUUGCCCCGAAUGGAAUUGUGAAAUACAGGGACUUCAUCCGUACAAUGCUUCUGCCACUACCAGAUUACUGAACUUCCGACGAACCCUACUCAUCAACCCCCGUCUCCUCGUCAUUUCUCCGCUCGUCCGUCUGCUGUCUGACUGGGGAUUGGUUCCCUCUCCAAGAUGAGAACUUCCUAAAUUGACCUUUGAAUCCACUUUGUUCCCCAAAAACUGUGCCCAGCUCUCUGGCGACUAUCCAGAUCUCUGUCCUCCUUUGCCCUGGGGGGAGAUGAUGGGAAUGUUGUGAGGGGGAGGGGGGGUGGUGCAAUAAAAUGGUGUUUGUCUAGGAUGAGUCGAAAUGGAUAUUUGAUGAUUUUAGUGCAGGCAGUGAGUGGAACAGACUGUUUCCAUUCUUAUGACUCAAUGAUUAACAUCACCACUGCACUCCAUGUUCUGAACACAAUGCAUUAUCAGCAUCACUUUGUCCUAUGGCCAGCUAACGGUAAAUAUAUUAAUAAUAAAACAUAAACUGAAA